UUUCGGGCGGCCAGGUCUGCAGCUAGCGCCUAGCGGAGCCUAGCACCCGAUCAGACUGACGCCGGAGCCAGCGGAGGAGCGCGUAGCCGGGGCAAGACGCGCCAAGCUCGGAGCAGCGGCGGGGGAGCGCAACUUUACACCGCCGGUCCCGCCGCCGCUCUUGACCAGCACUUCUCGGGAGGGUCCGGGCAGCCGGGGUCACUUCUUGCGCUACGGACCAGCGCUCCGGCCGGCUGGGAAGAUGAUGAUGAUGUCCCUGAACAGCAAGCAGGCGUUCAGCAUGCCGCACGGCAGCAGCCUGCACGUGGAGCCCAAGUACUCGGCACUGCACAGUGCCUCUCCCGGCUCCUCCGCUCCUGCGGCGCCCGCGGCCAGCUCUCCCAGCAGCUCCAGCAAUGCUGGCGGCAGUGGCGGCGGCGGUGGCGGCGGAGGCCGGAGCAGCAGCUCCAGCAGCAGUGGUAGCGGCGGCGGCGGGGGUUCCGAGGCGAUGCGGAGAGCGUGUCUUCCAACCCCACCGAGCAAUAUAUUCGGCGGGCUGGAUGAGAGUCUGCUGGCCCGCGCCGAGGCUCUGGCGGCCGUGGACAUCGUCUCCCAGAGCAAGAGCCACCACCACCACCCGCCCCACCACAGCCCCUUCAAGCCGGACGCCACCUACCACACCAUGAACACCAUCCCGUGCACGUCCUCUGCCUCCUCCUCGUCGGUGCCCAUCUCGCACCCGUCCGCGCUGGCGGGCACGCACCACCACCACCAUCACCACCACCACCACCACCAUCAGCCGCACCAGGCGCUGGAGGGAGAGCUGCUGGAGCACCUGAGUCCGGGGCUGGCGCUGGGUGCCAUGGCGGGCCCCGACGGCGCGGUGGUAUCCACGCCAGCUCAUGCGCCGCACAUGGCUACCAUGAACCCCAUGCAUCAAGCAGCGCUCAGCAUGGCCCACACUCACGGGCUGCCCUCACACAUGGGCUGCAUGAGCGACGUGGACGCCGACCCCCGGGACCUGGAGGCAUUCGCCGAGCGCUUCAAGCAGCGACGCAUCAAGCUGGGGGUGACCCAGGCUGAUGUGGGCUCCGCGCUGGCCAACCUCAAGAUCCCCGGCGUGGGCUCGCUGAGCCAGAGCACCAUCUGCAGGUUUGAGUCCCUCACGCUGUCGCACAACAAUAUGAUCGCGCUCAAACCCAUCUUGCAAGCAUGGCUCGAGGAGGCCGAGAAGUCCCACCGCGAGAAGCUCACCAAGCCCGAGCUCUUCAACAGCGCAGAGAAGAAGCGCAAACGCACAUCCAUCGCGGCGCCGGAGAAACGCUCGCUGGAAGCCUACUUCGCCAUCCAGCCGCGGCCCUCCUCCGAGAAGAUCGCUGCCAUCGCGGAGAAGCUGGACCUUAAGAAAAACGUGGUGCGCGUCUGGUUCUGCAACCAGAGGCAGAAACAGAAAAGAAUGAAAUAUUCUGCGGGCAUUUAGGAGACCCUUGGCCUCUCCAGGGACAAUCCCCUCCUCAUCCUCUCUUUUUCCUCCCCCCCCUCUCUCUCCUGCCUUUUUCUUUCCACGUUUGGCGACCAGAAAUCAUUCCAGUAAAUGUGAAUCCAGAGAAAGUGGGGGAUUGGAGAGUGAGCGCGCAGCUGAGCCGCAAGCCUGGUGAGAAUGUGAAACGACUCCUGCAAGGAAAGAAAAACAAAAGAAGGGAUUUGUCAAGUUGCAGCAAAGUUGUCCCUUUGAGCCCCACCCCACCCCGGAAAAGGCACCUGGACUUCCGCAGAGGAAGCCUGGGGGCUGGCUGUUUGCGGGAAGGCAGAAGAGACAGCCCUUUGAAAGGCCCCCAGAAUGAUCAAGUAAGAUUUGUUUUUAUUCCUAAAGACAUCACCCUUGUUCAAGUUUAAAAGUACACUUUGCAGCUAUUUUUCAGAAAUAGAAAUUGAUUCAGGACUGAAACUUUAAACUAGAGUUGAUGCUUAAUGUGACAGAGACAUCUCUAAAGUAUUUUGAAUUUUAAAAAAGAUGGCAGAUUUUCUGCAUUUACACUGUAUAUUAUAUAUAUAUUUUUAUUGUGGUUCUUACCCCCUUCGUCCUUCUCUGAAGUGUUAAUGCUUAAGAAAGGAGUUGCGCCUGCUGUGUUCACUGAUCUUGAAAGCUAUUAUUAGAUUAUUGCCGAACAACCCUCUGUAAAUUAUUAAUUUAUCUCUCUGGCAACUUAAUUUGUAAACAUUCUAAUUAAUUAAACUUCUUUAGUCUUAAAAAAUGGGGGGGAGUAUGGUUAGUGAAGUUAAAAAUGUUUAUGUUUGAUGAGUUUACUGAAUUUUUACAGCUUUCCUAUUAACACUGUGUUUCUUUCAGCCCAUUUGUAUAUGCUCACUUGGAAUGAAGAAUUUUUUCUUUGUUUUUACUGGUAGUGUUCUGAUUUGUGAGUUGGCACUCAGUAAUGGAUGUCUUAAUCGUGUAGACCUGAUUCACUGUCCAAAGUAUUGUUUACUUCGUUACAUAUUUAAUGGGGAUUCCCACAUUGUCCCCACUGUACAUGCUCUUACACACCCUUUUACAC